GUGUCAUCGACGACGCCCGCCUGCGCAAUGAACGGCUUCAUCGUGGACGACGAGCAGGCGUCCGAUGGUUCGUAUGACGGUCGAAACGAUGUGAAGCAAGAGACUCGCGAUCGCUCCUCCUCCUCUGAUAUCCUCAAGGCCAUUCGAGCACAGAAAGCAGCAGAACAAGCUCAACGGAAGGAUGACGAGAGCUCGAGCGAGGCUGCAACCGAUUCGGAUGGAGAGAAGCCAAAGAAGAAGAAAGCAAAAGUAGCAGAGAAGAAGCCAAAGAAGGAGGCGAAAGCAAAGGCAAAGGAGCCGAAAGCCAAGAAAGAGACCAAGAAAGGUGCAUCGGCGAAAGCGAGUUCUUCCUCCAUGCAACGCAAUACCGACGGCGAAGGUUAUGUCCUGCUCUCAGGAUCUCGUCGCGUGACGGUGCGCGUCUAUAACGGCAAGCCGCUCAUCGAUAUCAGGGAGACAUACGAGAAGGAUGGGAAGGUACUGCCCGGCAAGAAAGGCAUCUCUCUCAAUGCUGACCAGUGGGCUGCACUCUCCGAUCCGGUCACGACGAGCGCAGUCAAUGCUGAGCUCGCGCGCGUCAGCUGAUUCUGACUGACCAGUACAUGAUCUCGUGACACGGAAGAUGUUGUUGCGAUAUGUCGAACAGGGAAUCUGUACAAUGCGAUCACAACAGCCCAUGCUACUGACUCGUGAAAAUUCCAUGUCUCCUUCUAUAUCGGCUGAGGACAUUUCGUCGUAUUCGUACUGAUAUUCACCACAUCGGACGGCCUUUGAAAUUCGAUUCGCCAUCGCUAGACAGCUCUGCCCCCUCUUGUACCGGCGUCACAGGUCUGGAAGACUCUGGACUCGAUCUGAUAGACCCUUUGCUAGACGACAGGCCAGGACUCGUUCGCCUCGAUCUGGGUGAUAUCCUCCCAGGCGAAGACUGCCGUGACUGAGACGGCGUCGAGCUCCUAGA